UCUUUUGCCGCCAAAUCCUUCGCACUCUCAUUCGCAUCCCUGCAAUCUCCAUUUCCCUCUCUCUGCUUCUGCUUCUGAUUCUGCGAGGGGUGAGCCAUGAAAGAUACCGGAAGUCUGGACUUCACCGCCGACAGAGUUCUCGCGAAGGAUUUCCUCUCAAACUUCGCCGAUUCAAAUGGUGAAGCGAAGUACUUAAGCAUUCUGCAAGAGGUUGCAAAUCGCAGAGUCCGUGCAAUUCAAAUCGACCUCGAGGAUCUCUUUAAUUACAAGGACUUGGAUGAGGAUUUCCUCAGACGUAUUACUGAAAACACCCGGCGGUAUAUUGGAAUUUUUGCCGAUGCUAUUGAUGAGCUCAUGCCAGAGCCAACAGAGGCGUUUGUAGACGAUGAUCAUGACAUAUUAAUGACACAAAGGUCUGAUGAUGGACCGGAUACUGUUGAUAACCCAGAUCCACGCCAAAGAAUGCCUCCAGAAAUCAAACGAUACUUUGAAGUUUACAUUAGAGCAUCUACAAAGGGUCAUCCAUUUACCAUAAGAGAGGUCAGAGCGUCAAAUAUUGGCCAACUUGUGAGGAUAUCUGGUAUUGUGACACGCUGUUCAGAUGUUAAGCCAUUGAUGCAAGUGGCAGUUUAUACGUGUGAAGACUGUGGUUUUGAGAUAUAUCAGGAGGUCACAGCUCGAGUCUUCAUGCCUCUAUUUGAGUGUCCUUCUCAGCGUUGUAGAACAAACCAAACGAAAGGCAACUUAAUUCUACAACUUAGAGCAUCCAAAUUUCUGAAGUUUCAGGAGGCUAAAAUUCAAGAGUUAGCCGAGCAUGUUCCAAAAGGUCAUAUUCCCCGAUCAAUGACUGUUCAUCUCAGGGGUGAAUUAACGAGGAAGGUAGCUCCAGGUGAUGUUGUUGAACUAUCAGGGAUUUUUCUUCCUAUGCCUUAUACAGGUUUCAGGGCAAUGCGUGCUGGUUUGGUUGCUGAUACAUUCUUAGAGGCCAUGUCUAUCACUCAUUUCAAGAAAAAAUAUGAGGAGUAUGAACUUAGAGGAGAUGAGGAGGAGCAAAUUGCACGUUUGGCUGAAGAUGGUGAUAUUUACGAUAAACUGGCCCGAUCAUUGGCACCUGAAAUUUUUGGGCAUGAAGAUAUUAAAAAAGCUCUACUGCUUCUCCUUGUUGGUGCUCCUCAUAGAAAGUUGAAAGAUGGGAUGAAGAUUAGAGGAGACUUGCAUAUAUGUUUGAUGGGUGAUCCUGGAGUUGCAAAGAGUCAACUUCUUAAACACAUCAUUAAUGUUGCUCCCAGGGGAGUCUACACAACUGGCAAGGGAAGCAGUGGUGUUGGUCUAACUGCUGCUGUUCAGAAGGAUCCUGUAACGAAUGAGAUGGUUCUUGAAGGAGGGGCUUUGGUGUUAGCUGAUAUGGGUAUAUGUGCAAUUGAUGAAUUUGACAAGAUGGAAGAAUCUGACCGUACAGCAAUACAUGAAGUCAUGGAGCAACAGACUGUAAGUAUUGCCAAGGCUGGGAUCACGACGUCUCUGAAUGCCAGGACUGCCAUUCUUGCUGCAGCCAACCCAGCAUGGGGAAGAUACGACCUCCGCAGAACUCCAGCUGAGAACAUUAAUCUUCCUCCAGCCCUAUUAUCAAGAUUUGAUCUUCUUUGGUUGAUCCUAGAUCGAGCUGAUUUGGAUAAUGAUCUUGAAAUGGCUAGGCAUGUUGUUUAUGUCCAUCAGAAUAAAGAAUCUCCUGCACUUGGCUUCACUCCACUUGAAUCAUCCGUUCUACGAGCUUAUAUUUCAGCUGCAAGAAGAUUGGCUCCUCACGUUCCCAGGGAUCUGGAGGAGUACAUUGCCAGUGCCUAUUCCAGCAUUCGACAGGAAGAAGCUAAAUCUAAUACUCCCCAUUCUUAUACCACAGUGAGAACUCUACUGAGCAUUCUCCGGAUAUCAGCUGCUCUAGCAAGGCUUAGAUUCUCUGAAACCGUGGCUCAGAGUGACGUUGAUGAGGCUCUGAGGUUAAUGCAGAUGUCAAAAUUUUCUUUAUACUCAGAUGACCGUCAAAAAUCUGGUCUAGAUGCUAUCUCAGAUAUCUAUUCAAUCUUGCGUGACGAAGCUGCCAGAAGUAAGAAAAUGGAUGUGAGCUAUGCACACGCACUUAACUGGAUUUCUAGGAAGGGAUACAGCGAAGCUCAACUGAAAGAGUGUUUGGAGGAGUAUGCAGCCUUGAAUGUGUGGCAAAUACAUCCACACACCUUUGACAUUCGGUUUAUAGAUGCUUGAUGUAUUAUUAUUAGGAUUGUUGAGUUGGUGACUGUUUAAAUUUAGGAUAGGUUUGACCGAUAACCUUUUAAAAUACAGAUGAGUAGAUGCUCAAAAAUCAGGGAGGGUUUACUUUAUGUUGUAUCCUAUAGUGUAGCUGUGGACAAUUUGUAAAAUUGUAUCCUUCUUUUAAGGGUUUAUUUAUUUUCACCACCACUUUUUUCA